AUGAACUGGAGCGUGCGAAAAGACAAGAAUUUCCGCCUCGCCGUCGGGAGCUUCAUAGAAGAUUACCGGAAUAAGGUGGAGAUAGUUCAGCUAGACGACAACACAGGCGAGCUGAGGAGCGACGCGCGCCUGACGUUCGACCACCCGUACCCGCCCACCAAGCUCAUGUUCGUGCCGGACCGCGAGGGCCGCCACCCGGACCUGCUCGCCACGUCCGGCGACUUCCUGCGGAUCUGGCAGGUGCGGGGGAGGGGAAGAGCGGGGGAAGGCGGGAGAGGGGGGGUAGCAGGGGAGAUCACGGACGAUGGUGUGCGCAUGCGCAGUGUCCUCAACAACAACAAGAACAGCGAGUUCUGUGCCCCGCUCACCUCCUUUGAUUGGAACGAGUCCGAACCAAGGAGGCUCGGGACAUCCAGCAUCGACACCACGUGCACCAUAUGGGACAUGGAGAAGGAGGUGGUGGACACACAGCUCAUCGCUCACGACAAGGAGGUCUACGAUAUCGCCUGGGGGGGAGUUGGGCUAUUUGCCUCCGUCUCAGCUGACGGGUCAGUGCGGGUAUUUGACCUUCGCGACAAGGAGCACAGCACCAUCAUCUACGAGAGCCCCCAGCCGGAGACGCCUCUGCUGCGCCUGGGGUGGAACAAGCAGGACCCGCGCUACAUGGCAACCAUUCUCAUGGACUCACCCAAAGUGGUCAUCCUUGAUAUAAGAUUCCCCACCUUGCCAGUGGCAGAGCUACAGCGCCACCAGGCGUGUGUGAAUGCAAUCGCAUGGGCACCACACAGUUCAUGCCACAUCUGCACAGCAGGAGAUGACUCGCAAGCUCUGAUCUGGGACCUAUCCACCAUGGCGCAGCCUGUGGAAGGAGGACUGGACCCCAUUUUGGCAUACACUGCUGGCGCAGAGAUCAACCAGCUACAGUGGUCAUCUUUACAGUCGGAUUGGGUUGCCAUAGCCUACGCAACGAAAUUGCAGAUUUUAAGAGUGUAA